CUCUCUCACUCACUCUCUCCCUCUCUCUCUCUCUGUCUCUCUCUCUCUCUCUCUCCCCCUAAAUUCGAGAGUUUCGGUCUGUUUCUCUCAGCAGAUGUUAUUGAGACACACAAACGCAAACAUGAGACUCGUUUCUUUCAUCUGUAUUUUUCUCGCUUUGAUGUGUUUGACGAGCUGCGCGCCGCCGACCUGUUACUCGCGCGUUCUGGAUCUCAGUAGGGAGAUUAUGGAUAUUCUUGAUAAAGUUCAUAAAUCGGAUCGCACUAAAACGUGCGCUGAGAUGCUGCCGAAGAUGUUUCUCGACGUGCACAACUCAUGUAUGAUGCCAAAACUGCGUGAUUUCAUGUAUGUGAGUGAGAAUCUGCACACAGAAUACUGCAGAGAGAGACCUCGCAUCCGACACCUGAAGAGAAAAGUCCGAGGGCUCUACACCAUCAUUAACCGCGUGUGCUAUCGGGAACUGGUGUUUCAUACAAAUGACUGUGAAGCUCUGGAGACGGGACACAGCAGCCCUCGAUACACAGAAGACCGACUGCAACUUCUAGAAGAUGACAACUGAGAGACAAUUACACACUAAUAUAGCACAAAGACAUGUUUCUCAAUAUUAAUUUGGUGUGUGUGUGCGCGUGCGUGCGUGCGCGUGCGUGCGUGCGCGUGCGUGCGUGCGCAUUCCACCAGCAAGCAAAACUUUUCCACAGGAAAUCAUUCCACUCCGUCAUUUUAAUAAUGAAACACUGAGCUUGAUAAGUUAUAACACAUAUCAAGGAUGGAUGGAUAACAUUACAAAAACAGAGUUAGUCUCUCAUUUUCUUCGUUUUGGGAUGUUUCUUUGUAUGUUUAUAUAACAUUAUAUCAUUCAACAAAUAAACUGACAGUUUAUUUA